AUGCGAUCUAGCUACGACCGAACCGACGAGCCAUCCUACGGAAGCUACCAGCUCUCCGGCAAACCCCGCAGUCAGAAGGGGAACCGUCCUUACCAGCCCGACCCAUACUGUUAUUGUCAGGGUGAAGUAAUCUCACUGCCCACUCGAAAGGAUGACAGCAGUGAGAAGAGUAUCCUCGGUCACAGCGCAGGCAUCAAGCAGACACAAGAAGUGUUAGUCACCUAUGAAAGGAACUUGGAUGAGGAGAGAUCGCUGGAGGAUCGGGUGGAGGUGUUCCGCGCUGGUCGACGGUCCUAA